AUGGAGGAGGAGCUGGAGUCCGUAGCGAGGGACCGCGAGGCGGAGGAGAUCCAAAGGCGCUACUACGAGGAGGCCCCCUUGACCCAGUUCGGCACUGUGGGCGCGCAGGACUCCCAAGCGGAGGACGACGGCUCGGAGCACGCGCCGAUGAUCUACCCCGCCAGCUGGCCGCCCUGGAGCCAGGAUCACCCCGCACUCGAGGAGGGUGAGGAGAUGAGGGGAAUCACGCAGCACGAGGCAGACACAGACCUGGCAUCCACGUCAAGGGCUAGCUCGGUACCAGCAGAGCAAGGUGGAGAGGGAGCCGACAGCUUCGUAUUGACCCCUCCCCCUGCAUCCCAGCAGAACGCGGAGGCGGCAGCAGCCAGCAUCGAGAGGCAGUACGAGGGCAUCGACAUCCUAACGGGCCACGACUCCAAGCAGACGUGCUACCGCAACUGGGAUUGGCAGUGGGAGGGCCACUCCCAAUCGCAGCAGCCAGCAACAACAGCGGUAUCAGUCACCUGGGUCUCGAGGGGCCAACGUGACACCUCCACGGCCGACACGAGGGUCACAAGCCACCAAGAUGGCCGCAAGGAUGCGUUGCCGGCUGCCCUUGCACUCAGCGUGUCCCCCUCCGCCAUCCGAGUCCACGAGAUCGAAAACGUGGAAAGGGCCUUUCUCGACGGACAAAACUCGACUGGCAGCGAGGCUGAGGACGGCAUGGAGCAAUGCUACGAGGAGUGGAAGCAAGGCAUGGAACUGGCGCCAGACGACGACAUCGAGUACUCCCCCGAGUACGUCAGUGCUGAGAGGGCCAGGCGCCGCGUCAACGUCUGCGCCGACGUCGACACUACGACCCUGCACAACAUGGCAAGGAUGGCGCUGGAGAUGCGCCCUUCACGCGAGCUGCCGACCAGGCGGACACACAUCUACACGGACGGCAGCUACAACGGCAUCCCACAUACAGCCGCCUGGGCAGUAGUUAUUGUCGACGAGUACGACGACGGGCGCAACUCACGAGGCCCGUUUGGUUUUCGGGGUUUCAUUGCUGGCAAGGUCACCGAGUCUUUAGACGACAUGGCAAACAACGAGAAGGUGACGGCAUACACAGCUGAGCUCACGGCAGUACUUUGGGCACUAAUGUGGGCCCUUGGUCAAGACACCGCCGCGCCCAUCGAGGUCACGCCCGAUGCCCUCAACGUUAUCAACCUGGCCAAAGCCCGACCUACUCAGUGGCACCACAUUAACUCGCACAUUGGGCACCCUUGGAACGAGCUCGCAGAUGGGAUAGCAGAUCAAGCUUCGGCCAGCGACCUGAUGGACCCGAACAUUGCAGCAGUGCAGGCGAUCGCUCACAACAAGUUCCUUUCCUGGGAAUGGUUACGCUCAGAGCCAGAUGCGGUCAAGGCCGCAUACCCUCCCUUGCGGAACCAAGACUUCAUCAUCGAGGCCACUCAGCCGCAGGCAGCCCCAGGUGCGAUCCAGAGGCCCAUCAGCACCACCACCAUCAAGGCCGACCUCGACGUGAAUUUGUGCACCUACAACUGCAGAUCACUCAAGGCCGCCGUCAGCUUCAAGUCGGGCAAAGGCAAGGCGGCCGGCAAAAGCAAGCAGAGCCUCUCCAAGGUCACGCACCUAGCAGCACAGUUUGCUGACAUGGGCCUGCACGUCGUGGCCCUCCAGGAGACGCAGAACGAAGGAGACGUCCGCAACGUAGGAGAAUAUGUUUGCUACUCCUCAGGCCACACGCAGCAGAACAGAGGAUGCGACAUCUGGCUCAACGUCUCCAAGCCAAUCAGCGCGAGUGGGGCAGCGAAGUACCUAAGUGCCAAAGACACCCUCGUCCUCCACCAGCACGACAGGCUCUUGAUCAUCAAGACCCGCGUUGCAGGCACAGACAUGGUCAUCGCCUCAGCAUAUGCACCCCACGAAGACUCCCACGCGGCUGAGAAGAGAGAAUUCUGGGAGUCUGCUCAGCGAUUGUCUGCCAAGUACCGCGUGGACAUCUUCAUGGGGGACCUGAACGGGCGUCUUGGCGACUACGAGUCCCCAGGAGUUGGCACCAGUGGGUUCCCAGAAGCGACCAACGGCAACGGCAAGCACAUCAUCAGCUUCGCUGCCGACACCAACAUGGAGGUCAUCAACACCACGAGGGAUCCAGGCAACAACUCAUUUACGCAUGUCGGAUCGAAGGGGCAGCACCACAGGAUAGACUACAUCCUGCUGGGCUCCUCGAUCGCCCCGUACGUUGCGAGCUGCAGCACGGAGCCAGGUCUGGACCGAGGCACAGCUGCACAAUACCACAUACCAGUACUCGCCACCCUCAAGUGGGCCGUCUGCAAGACCACCAAGGCCUCAGGACCGAGGCCCGACCUGACCAACUUGAACAACGACGUCGCCAAGGCCAGCUUCAAGGAGAUUCUCAAGCAGGCCCCGAUCAUCCCCUGGGAGGUGGACGUCAACACCCACUGCGGGGAGGUCACCAGGGUCGUCAACGACGCGGCCAUCCAGGCCUUCGGCAAGGCCGUCAAGGCAGCGAGGAAGCCCUACGUCACCAAGACUACAAUGGGCCUAAUCCGAGCCAGCAGAGAGCGUGGCGACGACGAUGGCACCAUCCACGACAUCCAGGACUACGCGCACCUCCUCCUGAACUGGACGAUCUCGCCCAUGGUCUACGCCAUGGCCAUCCUUUCCUUCCUCACCAGGUCUGGGCCCCUCGUUGCCUCGGCCGUCGAGAAGGACCGUAGUGCAUUCCUCAGUCGGCUUGCCUCAACUGCGUCCUCCGCCUCCGCUGCGAACGACGCUGCGGCCCAGUGGAAGGCCUACCGCGACCUACUAAGGUAUGGCGGGAGGAAGGCGAAGUUCCCAGCAGGAAAGCCGAUGCGGCUCGACAAGGAUGGAGAGGUGAUCCACAACUCCCAGGACAUGGCGGACCAGGAGCUCAACCAUUUCGCGAAGAUACAGGCGGGCAAGAUCGUGACAGCGGAUGAUCUCGCCAACAAGUACAAUCACGACAGCAAGACCAGGCCCUUCGACGGCAUGCUGGAUCUCUCCAUGGCGAUGUCCCUGGCCGUCUGCCAGGCCCAGUUCGCUGCGGCCAAGGCUGGGGCGCAAGGAGGCCCUGACGGGCUCACGAACGCUGUCCUCAGGGCGGCUCCUACAGAGGCAGCAAGGCUACUGCACCCCCUCUUCACCAAGGUGGCGACCACCGUACGGGAGCCGCUGAGCUUCAAGGGUGGGGACCUGGUCGCAAUUCCAAAAGGAAAAGGCGACCCACGGUACCUCCAAGCCUACCGCGAGAUCCUCUUAAACAACGUCCUGGGCAAGCACCACCAUAAAUACCUCAGGGCCAUGCUCAACACUACCCUCGCCAUAGCGCUGGAGGACAUCCAGGCCCAAGGGAAGUGCUCCAUGAUUAGCUGCUACGACUUAAAGGAGGCCUUCUACUCGGUUGUAGUCCAGCUGGUCCAUGGCAUCCCAGGCGAGGAGGACGAGGUCAAGGAGGUGCUAGAAAACCUCGAGGUUCCCCUGUGGGCCCAGCCACAACUGGAGCACCUCAUGGCCAACCCAGGGAUACUCGACACAGUGUUGGACGGCUCCCACCUGGCUGCCCUCAUUGCAGAAGGUUAUCGCAACAGGUGGACAUCGCACAGGUUCUCCCAGAACCUCAUGGCGCCGCACAAGGGCACGAGGCCUGGCGUGCCCCUGGCCGACGCGGACUUCAACCUGCUCUUCGGCCGAGUCCACCGCAUGAUUGACAGCUACCUUGCGCAGCGAGGGCUACGGGACGGCGGGGGCGGCGGGGACGGCAGGGGCGGCAGGGGCGGCAGGGACGGCGGGGACGGCCGGGGCGGCAGGGACGGCAGGGGCAGGGACGGCGGGACGCCCGGGGGCCUGCGCCUGCGCCUGCGCCUGCAAGGGAUACCCCUGAACAUCACAAAGACGGUCUACGCCACAAAGCGCUUGCCUCUGUGGAAGCUGUCGGACGAGAUGUACCUGAAUCGGCAGUUGGCUCCCGACCCCACUGCGCCGUGGCAACAGGUCAAAGUGCACCAGCAGCGGAUGAUCGAGAAGGUCCGGCAGCAGCAGCUGAAGGACAUGGCGAGAUUCGAGAGGGAGCUCGCGGGGAGCCGCCUGCCUCCCACGUACAAAGUGAGCGACUUGCAGCCCGGCAUGUGGCUGGAGGGGCGGGUCUCAUUGACCAAGAAUUACGGCGUCUACGUGGACAUUGGCGCUUACAACGAAGACUUCGAAUGGGUCGACGGUUACCUCCACAUCGGCCAGAUCCGCGAGGACGGCAUGCACGUCCCGUGGAACAGGAUGAUGGACGAGGUCUACCUCGGCGAGCGCGUGCGCGUGCGCGUGCGGGAGGUGAUCCCGGCCACGGGCAAGAUCGAGCUUUCCAUGCGCGAAGCGGAAGACUUGCCACCGCUGUUCUUUGGCAGCCCUCGGCCUUACGUCAUCGGUGACCUCACGGCCGGCAUGAAGGUCAGGGGCAUCGUGCGCAGAACUUGGCACCAGUAUGCCCUCGUGGACAUCGGUGCCGACCGUCUGGCCCGCAUCCACGUGAGCACGCACCACAGGAUGAGAACGCCGGAGGGCUUUCUAAACGCCAAGAGACACCACCGCUGGGCCUUCAGUGCCUUCCCCACCGGGGCGGUGAUGGACUUCUGGGUCAGUCGUAUAUUCCAAGAGCAAGCGGUCUUCCUCUCGGGCUACCCGCCCAAGCCCGGCGGCGGCAUCGGGAGCCACGGCAACCGCUUCGCGGAGCCCGAGCGGGAGGAUGGGCCCGGAAAGGGCACGGACGCCGGCGAGGCCCUCCGGGCCAGAGAGGGCCCCAACCGCCAGGUAAGGAAGACCAAGUGGCAGCUGGAGGCAGAAGCAAGGAAGAAAGCUGAGCAGGAGAACUGGGACCCGGACAUGCCGCUCGUCGACGCGUUUCUCGAGGACGCCAUGGACCCCGACGACGAGAUGGACAGCGUACUGCCCGGUCCUGGCGCCUCCUGCGACCUCUGGGCCAUGGCGCCGUCCUCAUUCGUCGCCCUGCUGCUGCUGCUGGUUUCGCGCUCGCUCGCCACGGCCGGCGGCCGCUCGUGCCCAGACGCGGAGUCCCAGCUGCUCCAGCUCUCGAGCAGUCAGAUUUCUGGCGGCGGCGGCGGCUCGGGGCUGGCGGCCACGGACCUGGAUUCCGUGGUGUGGCCCACCCGCGGCGGAAGGGCGAGCUCCUGCUGCCGCUGCAACUACGUCAUGCGCAUCCGCGUCCCGGCCGCGAACAUGCCCGCCGGCCCGCAGCAGCUUCGCAUCAAGUUCGCACAGUCGAACAACGGCAUCGCGUACGUGGCUUUCGGUGAGGAGCAGUCCCCAGGCGUGAUGAAGGCUGGCACCAUCAAGAACCUGUGCUUUGACGGGCAGGUCGGCGACUGCACCACGGCCGUGUCUCUUCUGGCUUCUGCGUUGUACACCAAGUGGUUCGACUACACGAUCAACACCGCCAAGAAUUAUUACGUAUCAUACCUUCACCUCUGCGGCCCUGGCGGUCCCUCGUCGGGGACAACCCCUGACGGUGUGUGGUUCAGCGGUUACAACACUAAUACAGAAGACGCAUACGCGUACUGGUCACAUUGGGGUACUGCGACGUGGUACAACGCCCUCCGCGAGAACGGUCUGGCCGGGACCCUUCGCGGACCCAGUGCGCUCGUGUACGGCCACUACUCACGCGAUCCGGGCGCCAGCAUCGCAGGCGGUUGGAAAUCUCUGAAUCGAAUCGAAGGCAUCCAGGGUAUCGAGUCCACGCCAAUCCCGACGCCGUACCCGACGCGUUACCCGACGCCGUACCCGACGCGUUACCCGACGCCGUACCCGACGCGUUACCCGACGCCGUACCCGACGCGUUACCCGACGCCCUACCCGACGCCUUACCCAACGCCCUACCCGACGCCGUUUCCGACGCCCUACCCGACGCCCUACCCAACGCCCUACCCGACGCCCUAUCCAACGCCCUACCCCACGACGGCUCCGACGCCUGCCCCUACGCCAGCCCCGAGUGCUGCUGCAGUCGGGGAUCCCCACCUGGUAAAUAUGCACGGGGAGCGUUUUGAUCUCCUUAAGGUCGGCAGGCACUUGCUGGUCGAGGUCCCACAUUUUGCAGCGGAGAGCUCGACGCUCCUGGCCGUCGCGGCCGUGGCACAGCGUUUUGGCGACGCCUGCUCGGACGUUUACUUUGUGUCCCUUAAUGUGACUGGCAAGUGGGCGGACAGCGUGCGCGAGGGCGGCUUCCAUUACAAGGCCAAGCAGCCGCAGGCCCAUCGUAAGGGAACGGGCUGGAUCGGUUUCCACAGCAUUCAAUUGAAAACCGUAUGGGGCCGUACUGGCGGAGGCAUUUCCUACCUGAAUUUGUUCAUCAAGAACUUGGGCAAGUCGGGGUAUCCAGUCGGCGGUUUGCUCGGCGGUGGGGACCAUUCGACUGUGACCACGCCCGAGUCGCGCUGCAAGCGCGUACUCGUACUCUAA